AUGGGGCCUGAGGAGCAGCAGAGGCGGGACAGCGGGCAGAUGGGCUCUGAGUUGGACCCAGAACCAGGUCCCGGCCCCGAACUGACCAUCCCCCUGCACGACAACUUUGCCCUGUUUCUCAGCCGGCGAUUCGGCCGGCUCAGGGGGCUGAUAGGCGCCCACCCGUGGCCCUUCCUGCUGCUCCCGCUGCUGCUCUCGGGCGGCCUCGGCGUGGGCUUCCUCUUCUUGCCACAGAGAAAAGCCAAUGACAUCGAGGGGCAGUUCACACCGCUCGGGGGGCCCGCCAAGAGCGAGAGGCGCUUUGCCCAGGAGCAUUUCCCGACCCGCGACUCCGAGCGCUUCUCCGGCCAGAGGCUGCUCACAGAGGGCGCCUUCGCCUCCCUCAUCACGGUCUCCGCCUCGGGCAACAACAUCCUGACGGCGGGAGCCUUCGGGGAGCUCCUGCGGCUGGACGGGGCGGUGCAGAGCCUCGCUGUUCCCGGGGGGGACCCGGGCACCCAACUCUCCUACCUGGACCUGUGCGUCCGGAGCAACGGGUCCUGCGGCAGCCCCAACCCACUCCUGGCUGCAGUGCAGGGGGAGCCGGCCCGGCUAGAGACCCUCCUCCCGCAGCUCACGUACCCCGUGUUCGGGAGCAGCGUUUUCAUGGGCACCUUCUUAGGAGGCGUUCAGCUGGCUGGCAGAGGAACUCGGAUAGGAAAAUCUCUUCUUCCAGGUUUGUUUGUGAAACCUGUAGAACCUGUUUGUUUGGUUUUAGGAUUCAAGACAUCAACAUUUCAUCCUGUAUUUAAAUGGCUGAACAGUAUAUUGUUUAACUCUGCCUUUUUGAUUUUUGAAAGAUUUUUGAACACGUACAGUUUUCAGAAAUCCAUCAUGCGAUCAGUCUUUUGGGUUGACUGUGUACGAAAUAAAGUGUGGGUUGCAGCCUUUGGAGUGCUGUCUUCUGGGUUAGCAGGGAUCAGCACAAUUACAACUAUUCACCUUUUCCCUUUUGUAGGGGUUGGUGUUGAUGACAUGUUCAUUAUGAUCUCCUGCUGGCAACAGACUAAUCCUAAAAAUAAGGUUGAAAAGCGGAUGGCUGAAACUUAUGCAGAGGCAGCAGUGUCUAUCACAAUCACCACUCUCACUGAUGUUUUAGCCUUCUACAUAGGGAUCAUGACUUCCUUUCAGUCUGUGAAGUCCUUUUGUCUCUACACAGGAACUGCUUUCAUCUUCUGCUAUAUAUACAACAUCACAUUCUUUGGAGCUGUUCUUGCUUUAAAUGGUAAAAGGGAAGAAGGCAACAGACACUGGUUAAUUUUCACAAAAGUGAAGGACAUUGUUCAGCCUCAUCGCUCCUACUUGUACAACAUGUGCUGUGUAGGAGGCUUUUCUGAUAAAUCUUCUGUGGGAGAAGAUGAACAUCCAAUGAACAAAUUCUUUAGGAAAUAUUAUGGUCCUUUCCUUACAAAGAUCUGGACCAAAGUGUUUGUGGUGUUGCUGUAUGGAGGGUUCCUGGCUAGUAGUAUUUAUGGGUGUACUCAGGUGAAGGAAGGUAUAGACCUGCGAAAUCUGGCUAGUGACGAUUCUUAUGUUGUUCAGUAUUAUGAUUGGGAAGAUGAAUAUUUCUCAGAGUACGGUCCUAGGAUUAUGGUCACUAUCACAGAAAAUGUACCAUAUUGGAAUCUAUCCAUUCGUAAUGACAUUGAGAACUGUAUGGAGUCUUUAGAAAAUAACUCCUACGUGGACAGGAAUCUGUCAGAGUCAUGGCUACGAAUGUAUGCGAAUGUUGCUAGAAUUGGUUCACUGAAUAUAGAUACUAAGGCGUUUUUCAUGGGUAAUUUAUCUGAACUAUAUAAAUUAUUUCCAGAGUUUGAAUGGGACAUUGAUAUUCGCUAUAAGGAAAUAGCAGCCUCACGUUUUUUCAUUCAAACAGUGAACGUUACUACUGCAGUUGAUGAGAAAAACCUUUUACACCAAUUAAGAGACCUGGCCAAGGACUGUAAGAUCCCAUUAAUGGUACAUCACCCAGCAUUUAUAUACUAUGAUCAGUAUAUCGUAAUAGUGCCAAACACCAUUCAGAAUAUUGGAAUUGCUACUGGAGUUAUGUUGUGUGUUUCCUUGCUGCUUAUUCCCAAUCCACUCUGCUCAUUGUGGGUAACUUUCGCUAUUGCUUCUGUUGUUGUUGGCGUUGCUGGUUUCAUGACAUACUGGGAUGUCAAUCUUGAUUCCAUAUCUAUGAUCAAUCUUGUCAUUUGCAUCGGAUUUUCAGUAGAUUUUUCUGCUCAUAUAUCUUAUGCAUUUGUUUCAAGUGAAAAGUCAACUGUGAAUGAGAAGGCAGUUGAUGCACUGUAUCUUCUUGGCUACCCGGUGAUACAAGGUGCUAUCUCCACUAUAUUAGGAGUAAUUGUGCUGUCUGCAGCACAAACGUACAUCUUCAGAACAUUUUUUAAGAUUAUGUUUCUCGUUAUUUUGUUUGGAGCUGUUCAUGGUCUUGUUUUUAUUGCAGUAUUUUUAAACUUUUUUGGGAUUUAUGGCACAUCAUCAAACAAAAGAGUAAAUAUAAAAACAAUAGGAAAAAACAGCAGCUCUUUUAGUAACAGACAAAAUCCAAUUAAUGUAUCAAACAGCUUCAUGCUGAAGGCAAAAUAA